CGCUGUAACUCUUGUUGUCAGGCAACCAAAACAAGUUGGCAAAUUGAGUGUGCAGUUGGCUGAUUCGCCUUAAUGUUUUGAACGGUUUUGAGCUAUCAAUCAAAUCUAAUCCAAUCCUGCUGAAUCCAAAUACCCACGACCAUCAUCUACAAGAAGUAACCAUGACAACCGAGCCACCAAUCACAGAUCAGGGUAGCACCCAUAGUAAGGAAGACGUUAACAUCAACAACAAUGCGAGUAAACCGGGAGGAAUACGCAGUGGAGCGCGUAAGUCCUUGCCGUCACCCCUCACCAGUGCGAGGAGCAAUGCAGCGGCAGAUAAUCGUAACAUGCGUCGGAUUAUCGCAGAGGAUCCUGAAUGGUCAUUGGCUACCGUUCCUCUCUUGACGGAGCUGAGUGUCACGCACAUUGUCAAUAACUUUGCAGAGCAUCCUAAGCUAGAUGAACUUCUUCCCAAGUACAAAUCUAAAGUCUUGGAGAAGAUCUCCACCAACCUUCCUCUGAAAGUCAUAGCUCACCUUGUCUCUGACGAGGGCUACUGGCAAAGAUGCUGCAAAUCAAGAUGGCAAGUUUGUGACGUCUCGAAGUACGCCGGCAGCUGGAAGAGGAUGUUCUUUGAACGUCACUUAGAGCACAUCAUCGAGCACUUCGUACCAGAGACAACUGACCCAACCCAGUUGAGUGAGACCUUACCACUUGCAAGUCCCUACAUCAAGCAGUUAAAUAUCAAACAGUUAUUGCCACCGGUUAAAGAAGAACUCUCCAAGCAAGUUGAGGACGUGUCGGACGCGGGGAGUGACGCUGGACUAGACGGACCCAGCAUGGAUCAUUUUGAAUUCAGUCUCGUCACUCAGAAGCUACCUUACCUUCAAGAGCUCCGUAUCACGUACGGGGUUCAAGACUGCGGAAUGAACUUCGAGUGGAACUUGUUUCAAUUCACGUCCCGCGACUGCCUCCUUCUCUCCAAAUGCAUCAAAUCUUGUCGCUCUCUGAAAAUCUUUCAACUCCAUAGGAGUAAAGUAGACGACGACAAAGUCCGCGUUUUCAUCGCGCAUAAUCUGGACCACCCGUCGCUACAGGAGCUUGACUUGUCUCAUAACAUGAUUGGAGACAGCGGGGCACGAGCCGUCGGCAAAUUUCUGAACGGGCAUUGCAUCCUCAAGAAAGUUGAUUUGUGUAACAAUCGGAUCCGAUCCAGCGGGGCUGCUGCCAUCGGCCAUGCCUUGUCAAAGAAUACAACAUUGAAGCAUCUUAACAUUAGACUCAACAGAUUGGGGGACGAAGGUGGGCAGUCUCUUUGCCGAGCCCUGGUCAAGAACACAACCCUUGAGGAGCUGAAUAUCGGAAGUAAUGAGCUGACUGAACCAACGGCUGCCAUUAUGGCUCAAGUUGUGAUCUCUAACAUCACACUAAGGAGAGUCAACUUGUCUUGUAAUAGACUUGGACCAGAUGGAGGCAAGCAGCUUCAAGAAGGCAUGGAGGAGAAUAAAACCAUCUUAGAGCUGGAUCUACGACUGACGGAGGUCGGACAAGAAUCAGAGUACUGCAUCAAUCAGAUCCUGAAGAAGAAUCAAGAAAGAGAACGGGAAUUAAAGCUGAUCGAGAAAGAGAAGAGUUCCUUGGAUAGAUAAAUUGUAUCAAAGAGGACUGCUAAUAGGAGACUUUCCAUUAUUAUCAAGUUUAUAAUAUUUACCGUCCAAAUUCAAGUAUUUUGUAAAUAAUUUUUGUAGCAGUUUGAAAACUUACCAAGGCCUGGAAUUUCAUCUUUGAGAGGGC